CAUUGAUUAGAUUGAAAUAAAAGGAAGAGAGGCAUUUGAAAUUUGACAUAAUUCCAAAGUUAAGAUCCCAGAUGGACGUGUUAUAUUUUAGUAUCAUACUAACAUUUUUCUGUUUACCUAUCGAUGGGGCCAAAUCCACUAAAUUCAAAAAGACUGUGGAGUACUUAGCUCAAUAUGGCUACUUGGAAAAAAAUUCUAUGAGCAAUAGCUCUUCGUUGAGUGGAAAAUCCUUCAGGAACAGCUUGAGAGAAUUUCAGUCUUUUGUUGGCAUUCCAGUCACAGGAAAGAUGGACAAACCCACCAUGAAGAUGAUGAGUGCUCCAAGAUGUGGAGUACCAGAUAAAUCUAGGAAGUCAAAUAGGGAGAAACGAUAUUCAACUCAAGUUUUUAUAUGGAAUACGAAACAUUUGACCUACAAAAUAUCUAAGUAUACGAAACAACUCAAAAGAAAAGAAAUAGACAGAACCAUACAGAAAGCCACCAAUUUAUGGUCGAAGUACACAGAUUUAACGUUCGAACCAUCUAAACGAGGUAAAAUAGACAUCAGAUUCGAAAAAGGACAUCAUGGACCUCAUUCCCCCUUCGAUGGACCUGGUGGGGCACUAGCACAUGCAUUCUAUCCUAGAAAUGGAGGUGCCAUACAUUUUGACGACUCAGAACGUUGGAGGAUUGGUCCUGGUCGUGGAUUAGACUUAUACCAGGUGGCAACACAUGAAUUUGGUCACAGUCUGGGACUCGGACACUCUAAAGUAAAGGAGUCUGUUAUGUGGCCCUAUUACCCCUAUUCUUGGAAAAAAGAUCUUCACCCUGAUGAUAUAAAAGGAAUUCAAAAAUUAUACGGAAAGAAAUCUGGAGGUAUACCAACUAAUCGAUCUAAAAACCAACCAAAACUACCUGUGAAUAGAAUUCACCCUAUAAGAGGGUGGUUUGAAACAAUUAAAAGAUUAGAAAUGAUCGGGGUUUUUAUGGGGGGAAGUAAAUAGGAAGUUUUUCAGUUUAUGAAAGAAUAUAUUUCUUUUCAGUUGUUAUCAUCAAUUGAAUAAACUUUCUGAAAUAUAAGACAAUUCGACUUGAAUUAUUCUAACAAUGUUACUAGGCGUUUGCAUGCAAAUAUAUUUCAACUGACAAAAAUUAAAAUUACAUGUUUUGAAAAUAAAUGUUUCUUCACAA